AUGAGUUACACAUCCACCCAUCUCCUACCUUCAACUUCAGGCUCAACGGCAUCGCAAACGGAUGGCUCUCGAACACUCACGAUCACCAGCGAUCCCAUAGGCGAACACGACGGGGACGACCAGCGACAAGUGGUGGGAACCCUCAAGUUGCGGGGGGCACAUACCAAGAAGACGCAGAGAAAAGCCACAGUAGCUUGGGGCGAGGAGGUGGUGGAUAACGAGGGAUGCGGGAGAAAGAAGUCUAAGAUUUGCUGUAUUUACCACAAGCCGCGAAGAUUCGACGAGUCUUCAGACGAAUCUGACUCUGAUAGUGAUAUGUCAGAUUCGGGACAUGCUGGGCAUGGUCACGAUCGUCGAGGCUCCUCUGCCACUGGUGCUGCGUUCCCUUCAGCUGCGGGCUCAACCGCUGAAGUUGUGGACACUUUCAAAGACAGAGAAUCCAACGCAUACGAGUCGGUCCCUAGUCAUCAUAAACAUUCGUAA